AUACGUCUGUUUUCAUUGAUCGUGCAAUUUGAUUUGUACGCGGAAAAGCGUGUAAUACAUACGAGUUUAAGGAUUUUAUUUUGGUGUCAAUAUUGAUCAAGUGUUAAUCAACCAUGUCUCAAAAAAACUCGGGAGCAUCGACGUCCGCGGGAAGCUCGGCAAAAUUCAAAAUUCUUCAGAGUGAAAAAGUAGGAAGAUAUAUGGUAGCUAAUGAGCAAUUGAAAGCAGGCGUAGAAGUCAUUACAGAAAUGCCUUUUGUAGUCGGUCCAAAGGCAUUCACGUAUCCUUUAUGUCUUUCCUGUUAUACACCAUGGCCUCCAACAUUAAACAAUAAACCUCUUUGCUCAAAAUGCGCUUGGCCUGUUUGUUCAAUAGAAUGUGAAAAUCAACCACAACAUAAAGAUUACGAAUGUCAGGUAUUUGCGCAAGCCAAUGAGAAAUUUAACGUACAGGCUGCUUUAGAAGAACCGAACGAACAUGGAGUACCGCAAUUAGAGUGUAUAACGCCGUUGAGAUUACUUUUAGAAUCAGAGAAAAAUCCUGAACGAUGGAACAAUGAAGUGAAGAAUAUGGAAUCUCAUAAUAAAAUAAGAAGCCAAAAGAAACAGUGGAAAUUGAACCAUGUUAACGUGGUGGAAUAUAUAAGGAAACGACUUAAAUUAGACAGGUUUUCAGAGGAACAAAUUCAUACAGUUUGUGGCAUUUUAGAAAUUAAUACUUUCGAAAUUCGGACAGCGAAAGGAUUUAGUGCGAGAGCACUUUAUCCAACAGUGGCUUUAAUGAAUCAUUCAUGUGUUUCUAAUACAUGUCAUAGCAUUUCGCCGACCGAUUACAGAAUACGAUUGCGUACUACAAUCGAAGUUCCUCCAGAUGGUGAACUUUAUGGAAGUUACACACACUCGUUACUUCCGACUAUGUUGAGAAGAGAACAUCUUCUUGAAGGAAAACACUUCGCGUGUGCCUGUCCAAGAUGUUCAGACCCUACUGAACUUGGAACACAUAUGUCUUCAUUGAAAUGUAACAAGUGUGAUAAUGGAAUUGUGUUAUCUUUAGAUUCUCUGGAUCCAGAUAGUUCAUGGAAAUGCACACAUUGUGAAUUUACAACUUCCGGAAAAGCAGUUCGAAAAGCAUUACAAAUUAUGCAGGCAGAUGUAGACGCAGUGGAGGCCAUCAGCGGUGCUAAUGGAGCCGAUGCCAUUCAAGAAAGAGAAACAAUAAUGAAGAAGUAUCGUUCAGUUUUACAUCCACGGCAUGCUUUCCGUACAAUGUUGAGACAUUCGUUGACACAAAUGUACGGUCGUGUAGACGAAUACCUCCUAGACGAUUUGCCAGACGUCGUGCUAGAACACAAAAUCGAUAUGUGUAGGUUAUUGCUUCAAGUAUUGGACGUCAUAGAACCUGGUUAUUCUCGUAUAAGAGGAAUGACACUGUACGAGCUCCAUGCACCUUUACUUUUUAUUGCAAAGACGCAAUGGAAUGCCGGAGUACUUGACGAAGCUGCCUUAAAAUCGAAAAUGAUAGAGGCUUCCCACAUUUUGAAGGAAGCUGUAACAAUUUUAUGUUUAGAACCACCAGAUACACCGGAAGGUCAAAUAGGUAUCGUCGCAAAAGAAUCUUUGGCUCAACUUGAGGAAUCCAUCAACAAUUUAUAAAUAUUUAUUGUACAUACAUAAAACAUUGUAUGAAAGUAUUUCUAUAUUAAUAAAUACAUAUAAGUC